AUGAACAAUCAGAACAAUACUCCAUCAUCAAGUGUAGAUGUUAAAUCUAGCAAUGGAAAAACAAGUACCACUUCAACAACAGAAAAGAAAAAGCCCGUCAGACACAACAGAAAUACUUUGAAAAAGAAGUCAAUCACAUCAUCACCACCAUCGUCAUCACUCAACGGUAGCACUUAUUCACAAGGAGCUUCUGCUAAUAUGGGAACUUCAUCUACAGCCAACACUAUCACAACCGCUCCUACCUCAUCAUCCACAAUGACCUUUUCUGCUCAGCAAGUAUCCUCAUCAUCAUCUCCACCUACUCCUUCCAAAGUCAUCUUCUUUAGAAGAAUUCCGGCUGAUACAACUCAAUCAGACCUCAAGUCUCUAUGCCAACCAUUCGGUGCUGUUACCAACAUCUUACUUUUAAAGAAUGGCCAAGCAUUGGUUCAGUUCGCAUAUUUGGAUGAAGCUAUUGAUUUCAUUGAAGCAUACAACCAAGACCCUCCUUCAUUUGUUAUUAGGGAUACGAGAGUAAUCCCAAGUUACAGUAGCCAUAACGAACUUUCCAAAGGAUCCAUAUCAAAAUCUGAUUCAAAUUCUAACCAAGCAACAAAUAAUGGAAAACAACAAGAACCAAAUCACAUUCUUUUGGUUACAAUUAGCAAAUCAAAAGCCAGUGAUGUUACCAUUGAUGCUCUCUAUGAGUUAUUCUCUGUUGAUGACUCUUGUCCUAUCCAAAAGAUUGUAAUGUUUAACAAAACUGCAGGAUUACAAGCAUUAAUUCAAUAUUCAAAUGUGAAUGAUGCCAUUGAGGCUAGAAAACAAUUGCAAGGAACCUCACCAUUCUCUCCACAGGAUCAACUUCUGAUUCAAUUCUCAAAUCUCAAAGAUUUGACUGUUCAUCAAAACAGUGAUAAGGCAAGGGACUACACUAAACAGUCAUCCAAUAGUACUUCUACACCUCCUAGCGUUGCUACUUCAUCCGCUUCUUCCCCUCCAACAACAAACAUAAUUACAGCAACAACAAGUACACCAUCUAUUAUGAAAAGAGCUGUUCCAAGUACUGGCAACACCACCAUCAACACCAACAACAAACCAAGUACCACUCCAACUACUACCACGACUUCUACUACAAUCAAUUCUCCACCAUCACAACCAAUUACUCAACCAUUGCAACAAGACCCUCGUAGUCGUAGCAACUCGGCUUCUUCUGGUGUAUUUGAACAUCAUCAAGUUAUCCAGCCUCAACAUGGAAUUCCUCAGACCACAUCUAGCCCAACCAUUACCUCAUUUAUGAACAAUAUCCCUUCCACCACCAUCAACACAUCAUCUAAUGUUCCAAACACAAAUGCUUCAAACCGUGUGCCAAUUGCUCAUUUACAUGAUGCUAAUAAUGCAAAUCUCAUGUCGGCAAGCUUCUUUUCAUAUGCUCCGUUCUCUCACAGAGAUAGCUUUGGUGCCUUCUCUUCUAAUAUUCCUUCAAGCCAGCACCAACAUUCACAUCACCAUCAUCUUUCUCAUCCAUCUAGUGGACACAACACAAGUAGCAGCUCUUCUCAUCACCAUACUCACAAUCAUCAUCAGACUAACUCUGUUCAAAACCAAUUUUUGAACCCUUCUUUUCUUGCAAGUCAUCAACAGACUACCCAUCCUUUGGGGCAUCAUCAGCCAUUCACUACGGACAAUCUUAUCAUGCCCACUAAUGGAGUAAUGGUUCUUCCUCAAAACGGAUCGCAAACAUCAAACACUGCCCCAAACAGUGCUACACAGUAUCAUUUACUCAACAAUAGUUUUGGGCACAUGAGAGCAAAUCCAUCCACUCCCUCAAACUCCAACCCAAAGAAUCCUAACAAUACUAUUAACGGUAUUAUUUCUGCUCCAUCAUCUAGUUUACUUCCAACCGACAACAAUGCUGGUGCCCUUCGAUUAAAUGUGAACAUUCCUUCAUCAUCCAGCAAUCCAUCCAACACUCCAUCUGCUACAUUAGGAACAAUUGGCUCUAACAUUCCAAGCAGUAGAUUACUCUCUACUCCAAACACCCAAACCAAUACUCACAGUCCAACAGAAGAGAAAGAAGACAUCACAGAACAAGAAGAUGAAGAAGUGAUUGAUGAAAAUGAUUUGGAAUCAAAGGAUCCAAACUCAGAGAAAUCAUCUGUGCUUUUAGUGUCCAACUUUAAUGACAAGAUUAUGAAUUGUGAUUUAUUGUUCAAUUUAUUUUCAUGCUAUGGAUACAUUUAUAGAAUUAAGAUUUUUAAAACAAAACCAGAUCAUGCACUUGUUCAAAUGGCUUCUCACAAACAGGCAUUGAAUGCUAUCAACAGUUUGAAGGGACUUCAAAUAUUUGGAAAAACUCUUUCAGUCAACUUUUCCAAGCAUACAUUUAUUAAUAGCAGUAAGAGUGAUAAUAACAUGAAGGACUAUACCAAAACAAAUCUUAACAGGUUCCCACGUAAUCUAUCAAUCUCUCCUUCUUCCAACUCGCCAACUGCUGGCAAGCAACACAAGCUCUACAUGUGUCAACCAACUCAGACUCUUCACAUUUCCAACGUUCCUUUUGAGAAGGAUGACAAAGGAAGAGAAAUCUUAACUACCAUUUUCUCCAAGUUUGGAGAAAUUGAAGGACUAAGAGUAUUCAGACAUAAUGACAAACCAAUGGCUUUGAUCAAGUUUAAAACAGUGACUGCAGCUGCCGAAGCACUUGCAUCUCUCCAUAACGAUACCAUUUCAGGAAAGCACAUGAAGGUUGCUUUUUCUCUAAAUACAGUCGUUAAUCAGACCAACAAGAAGCAAUAA